AACCCGGGAAGUCGGGGUCAAUGUCCUCGCUCCGAGCUUGUCUGCUCCUGCUGCUCGCGUAUUCGACGCCGACAUCCUCGAUCAAGCUCGGACGCGCCGCGCCGGGCGAGGGACUGUCGCGGAGGGGCCUGCUCGCCCGCUCCGCCGCCUUGGCCGCGCUGCCGGCGCCGCUGUCUGCGCUCGCAGCUGGCGUCGCCUCAGAUGGCACCACUGUGCGCGGAGUGAACGAGGGCAUGCCGACGGGCGAAAAGGACGUGGCCAAGUUCCUCCAGCAGCAGGGCUUUCCGCCACUGCCAAAGGUCAACGGCCUGUCCCCUCUUGUGCAGUAUAUUGGCGCGGCGCCGCCGGCCAACAUUGACGGCUCCAAGCAAAAGGAGCGCGCGUUUGACAGCACGCUGCUGGUCAAGUUCCUGUACCCGUCGGGCUGGCUCGUUGAGACGCCCACCCUCACCGAGAACGGCGAGGCGGGCAAGAUCGCUGCGAACAACUAUCUCAAAGGCGACUUUGCAGACUUUGUCGCCGCCAAGCUCCCGCCCGGCAAGACGCUCGAGUCGAUUGACAAGGCCUUCCUGACCACCUUCCUCGUCUCCCAAAUGACUGCCGAUGUCUACGAGGAUGUCAAGGUUGGCAAGGUCAAGAGGCUGACCGCGGCCGACGGCAUGGACGUUGCCUACAUCGACUUUGGCUACACGCUGCUGACGCGCGCCGGCUUCACCGUCGACCGGAAGGGGACCGCUUGCGUGCACGUCGUCGGCGGCGCCAUCGUCGGCCUCGUGACGGGCACGACGGGGCAGCGCUUCAAGUCCCUCGAGGCGGACCUGCGCGCGUGCACCGAGUCCUUCCGCGCGUACGCCGUCAAGAAGCCCGACUUCGCCUUCCUCAACGGCGCCGCCUGAGUGCCUCGAUAGCAGCGAGGCGACACCGCUCAGCGCCCGCUGCGCGCGCCGUCCGCCGACCAGCGUGCAGUCUGCAGUGCAGCCGCCGAAAAGCUAUCCGGGGGGGCCGCCCCUCCGUCUCUCUGUCGCGCUCUCGUCUUUUUUUUACGACCAGACCUCGCAUGCGAAAA